ACUUAUAAACAUGGCAGCGCCGUGGCACAACGUGUUUCUUGGUACAGAAACUGGGUUCUUAAAAGGUGUAAACAUUGAGAAGAAAAUUUUUAAGAAUUUAAAUGAAUCAUCUGGAGUUGACAAAAAUAAAGAGAUCCUAGCAAUGUGUUGGUGCAGUGAUAAAGAAGACAAGAUAAGCCUUGGUUUAAAGAACAGACAAGUCCAGACAUUAAGCACAAUAGACUAUGGUUAUGUAGGUUCCUUUGAAUGUUCAGGAGGGACUGGGAACAUCAAGGGGAUGGCCAUAAAUGAUGACUCCAUUGUCACUUGUGUUGAAUCAGGCCUAGUAUCUGUUUGGACUACUGAAGGUAAAGAAAAGGCCACACUUAAUGCAGGAGACAAGAUAGACAUUAUGAGAAACAAUCCUCAGUCCCCCUGGUUAGUAGCCACAGGGGGUAACGAAAAUGACCUGAAGGUGUGGGACCUGCAAAACCCAGGAGAGGCUUUAUUCAAAGCAAAAAAUGUGAAGAAUGACUGGCUGAAUCUCCGGGUUCCAGUGUGGGUAUCAGACCUGCAAUUUAUACCUGACAGUAAGAAGAUUGUGACAUGCACCCGUCACAAGCAGGUCAGGCUGUAUGACCAUAGCUGCUCCCAGAGGAGGCCACUUAUAAACAUAGACUUUGGCGAGGAUCCUCUCACUGCCGUAGCUGUGACACAUAACGAGAAUCAAGUACUUGUGGGUAGUUCAACUGGGACAAUGGCUCUUGUAGACUUCAGAAAAGGGCGCAUGGUGCAAUGCUAUAAAGGAUUUGCUGGUGGAAUUCGCUGUAUUCAGUGUCAUCCUACACUACCCUUAGUAGCAUCUUGUGGUUUAGACAGACAUCUUCGGAUUCAUGACACAAAUACGAAAGAACUUCUACACAAAGUUUACCUAAAGUCCAGGUUAAACUGUCUGUUAUUGAGAACAGAAUGGACACAGGAAGACGAGAAAAAUACACUGGACAGUUGUAGUGAUGUUAAGAAAAACAAUAAAACUGAUAACAGUAGAAGUGACAGUAAUGAUGGUGAAAGUGAUGGUGAUUCUGAUGAUGAUGAUGAUGGUUUAUGGAAUAUGCUAGAAAAAGUUGGACAUAAAAGGACAGGUAGACAAGAAAAUCCCCAGAUUAAAAGGAAAAAGAAAACAUGAUAUUCUUAAUUAAGAAGUUGGUGCUGAAUCUUACCAUUUAUAUUAACUAUCUGAAAACUUUCAUUAGUUUGGUCCAGAAAGAACAACAACAGGCAAAAUAAGUGUAAGUUGUUGAUAAUGUUCUGAUACUAACAUGAGUUAGUCAUUCCUGAUGUUGAGGUGAUUAUUGCUGAAAUUUUAAAAAAUAUGUCUUUAUAAACAAUUUUCUUACCUUUGUUUAUUGUCUGUAUAUCUGCAAGCUUUGCUGCCUCAUUUAGUUAUAGUGACACAUUUUGUUUAUGCUUAUUGGAGAGUAAG